CGAUGACGUCCAAAUGAGCGUUACCUGUUCAUCCUAGCCAACGUUGCGUACAUCGUUUUUAUUUUACAAGGAUUAUUUGAUAUAGGAUCGCUGGGUUUCCGCUUGUUGUGCCACAGUUGUUCGGUCUUUGGUCUGUAACGGUUCUACUUUUGUUCUCUCCCUGAGCGGGAUCCCAGAGAGCAGAGAUGUAUAACGGUAUCGGUUUGACCACGCCGCGAGGCAGUGGCACGAAUGGCUACGUUCAGCGGAACCUGUCCAGCGUACGCGUGAAAAGGAACAGGGAUGAGCGCGGAGGAGAGCGGGAUGAGAAAGACAGAGAGAGACUGGAGAGCCAGCUGAACAGACAACCUAACGCUGAUAUCCUAGAGCACCAGAGGAAGAGACAGCUGGAGGUGAAAUGUGCGGAGCUGCAGGACAUGAUGGAGGAGCAGGGGUACUCUGCAGAGGAGAUCGAAGAGAAAGUCAACACCUUCCGUUUGAUGCUGCAAGAAAGACAAGAACCUGCCCCUCCUCCAACAGAGAGGCCAGCUGUGACCGAGACUCAUGCACUGGCAGCUGCUAACCAGCAAAAAAAUGACCGUCUGAGAGAAGCUUUCGGUAUCAGCUCUGACUACGUUGACGGCUCAUCCUUUCAUCCUGACCGGAAGGAGCGAGAGAAGGAGAAGAGGGAGCAGGAGAGGCUGGAAAGAGAGAAGCAGCAGCAGCAGAAGUACCAGAUUAUUGAGUCUGAUAACUCCGAUUCAUCUCCUGAGCGAAAAAAGAGCCAGAAGAAAAAGAAAAAGAAAAGCAGAGAAAGCUCUGAGAGCCCCUCACCCUCUCCUCGACGAGAGAAGAAAAAGGAAAAGAAGAAAAAGAAAAGGGAGGAAUCGGUGAAGAGUGACACAGAGAGUUCAUCAGAUGACAGAGAAACAACCAAAAGAAAGAGAAAAAGGAGUGACAAUGAAACUCCACCUCCCAGUAAGAGCCGAAAACGGCAGAGUGCAUCCUCCAGCCCAGCUCGCAGCCUAUCCCCUCAAAGAGGGAAACAACCGAAUAAAUCAGAUUCUCAUCCAGAUGAGGGGAAGAAAGGGAGAUCCCCUGACAGAAGGCUUUGUGGCCGUAGUGAGGAAAAUCCAAAAAGGAUGGAAGUCAGAGAGAGGUCACCAAGACGCUCAAGAACGCCUGAGCACAGCAGAAGAGACAAAGGCCGAGAACGUGAGAGAGAAGUGCAAGAAAAACCUCAGAGAAGACGACAGGACUCCUCAUCGCCAUCUCCACCACCAAAGCAGCAGCGGGACAGACGACCACGGAGUGAAGAGAGAGAGAAACCCCCUCAGACAAGAAGACAUGACUCUUCACCAUCUCCACCAAGCAAGCAGCAGCAGCGAGAGCGGCGACAGCGGAGCGAAGAGAAAGAGAAACCCGCUCAGUGGAAAAGACAAAUCUCUUUGUCUCGCUCUCCGUCUCCUAAGCAGCAGAAAGACAAGAACCGAGGGGACGAUGAGAGAAAGAACAAAGGUCAAAGAAGACAUGACUCAUCCUCAUCCCCAUCUCCUUCACCACGUAAAGACAGAACAAGAAGAGGACACAGUGGAGAGAAAGAGAGAGGAGUUUCCCCCAGGGACAGGGAAAAGGAGAGAUAUGGAGACCGAGUGAGAGACAGACAGAGGAAUAGCGAUAGAGAUACAAUCCCAUCUAGUAGAAAAGAUGACAGAGGACGGGAGAGUGAUAAAGGGAUGGAGCGAGACCGAAACCGAUCUAAUGACUCCAUGUCUCCUGCUAAGCGUUCACCUUAUGCAAACGGAAGGCAAAAAGAACAAGAUCGUGAACUGGAGAAGGAACGAGAAGAACAGCGAGAGAAGGACAGAAGGAGGGAGAAGGAGAUGAAAGAAGAGGCUCUGAGAAAAGCCAGAGAGAGUGACAGAGAAAAGGAGAGAAACCACACCAGAAGAGCAGAAGUGUCUCGAUCAGACAGGAAGGCCUCCUCUAGCGGUCAGCCUGAGGACAGGCGAGGUGCCAGAGGAAGUGAGAUGGAGCAAGAGGUGGCCAAGAAAGACAGGAGAAUGGAGGAGGACAAGAGACCGGAGAAGAGUCCCCAGAAGGAGGAGAAACCGAUGCAAAUGGAAAAGCCCGGGAAGAAAGACAAAGGGAAAGCUGCGAGCAGCAGUAGUAGUAGUAGUAGUAGCAGCAGCAGCAGUAGCAGCGAGAGUGACAGUGACAGCUCCUCAUCGUCAUCUUCAUCCUCCUCCUCUUCUUCAUCCUCUUCAUCCUCGGAAGAUGAAAUGAAGAAGAAGAAAAGUUCAAAAGACAGCAGUGCUGCUGGUAGGUCAGUUCCUAAUGCUGUCAUAGCUCAGGCUAUUGCACGCCGAGAGAAGGAGAACCGAGGAAGGGAUGGAGAGAGUGGUGAAGGCAGAAAGAUGUACCCUCCCACACAAAGACAGAGCUCACUUCCUGAGUCCCAAAGAAAAAGGGACGAUGUUGAUAAGAGACAGCGAGACAUGGAGAGAGAGCGGAGACCUGGCCAUUCCUCGUCUCCUUCCACAGGAGCCAAAGACCGGGAACGUGGAAAAGAGAGGUACACCCCCACUGAGAGUUCAAGCCCACCUCCUUCGCCCCCUCAGAGAGGCCGGGACAGUGGAGUCCCAAGUGGGGACAGGUACACACCUUCAGAAGAAACCAAAUCUCAGAGCAGAGAUCGAAGAGGCGAGCGAUAUACCCCAUCAGAGCUGGAACGAGAGUCUUCACAUCCCUCACUUGGCAGAGGAAGAGAUCGACAGAGUGACCGAAAGAAAGACGCGUCACCUUUAUCUCCAAGGGGAAAAGGAAGGAACGACGUGCCACGGGUCAAACAGAUGGCUUCUCGGCCUUCACCGAAACGCACUCCACCACGACAGUACCAGGACCCACAACGCUCACGUUCUCCCAGUCCGAGACGAGGAGUGAGGAGACCAUCGCCUUCACGAAACUCAUCCCCUUCCCGACGGGACCACAGCCGGGAACGCCUCAGAGAGCGAGAGAGGGACCGAUUUAGGGCAAGGCCAGCGGACCGAGAUCGAGAGCGUUCCAGGGAGAGGAGAACAAGGAGCAGCAGAUCUAGGAGUCCCCGAAGACCAAGUCCUCCUUACAGGUAUCGUCAUUCACCCUCUCCUGUUCGUCGGCGCAGAAGUCGUUCACUAUCAAGAGAAAGAGAAAGGGAGAGAGAGCAGGAGAGGAGGAGGAAUCAAGAGCGAGAUAGACAACGUGAACAGGAGAAAGAACGAGAGCGAGAACAGAGAACAAGGGCGCCACCCAAAGAUCCCACUCCUCCACGGCGCUCUUCAUCAUCAUCUUCUUCCUCCAGUUCGUCCUCUUCAACCUCGCCCUCUCCUCAAAGACAGAUGAAGGGUGUGAAGUCUACAGAUGCAGAUAAAGACGGAUCAAGGGAAAUUGUUGAACAGACAAAAAAUAAGCAACCAGAAAGGAACUCUAAACAUCUGUCUCCCUCCCCUCCUAAAGAGACCCAUCUCCCUUCCAACCAACCGCAUCAUCGCUCUCGCUCCUGUGAACGUCCUGCCUGUUCUAGAUCACCAACGACCAACCAGUCACAAAGCAGGGAUCCACCUGGUGACCGAUUAAGAGGCCAGCCCCCAUCAUCUGUCCAUGAGCGGCACCACAAACCGUCAACGAUAGGAAAGACUUCUUUGAAUGGGAAACCAGAGAAGGAGAGCUCUGGCCAACAGCAGAAGAGAAGCAGCUCGAGUUCUUCAUCUUCCUCAUCAUCAUCAUCGUCAUCCUCUUCCUCAUCUUCAUCCUCAUCAUCAUCCUCAUCAGACAGCUCAGACUCUGAGACAGAGAAAACAAAAGGAGGUGUUAAAGCAAAUACAAAUAGAGAUGCUGGCAAGAUGGCGAAAAACAGAGCUUCUUCGUCGUCAUCCUCCUCAUCAGAAAGUGAACAAGAAGAUAAGACAAAAAGUCCACCACGGCCCAAGAGAGUGCCAGCAGACUCGCUGAGAGACUCUAGGUCACUCAGUUACUCCCCUCCAGCAAGGCAACGAAGACCUGCACAUUCUCUACCCUCUCGACGCAGUGCAAGCAGGAAGUCGAGAAGCAGAUCUCCAGACAGUCGACGGAGGAAAUAAGUGAAACCUUUUUUGUUUCCUGACCCUCACUGGACUGAAUCAUCUCAGUAUCACAUGGAUGAGACUAAAAAUGUGACUAGUUGUAAUGGUGAUAUUUUCACCAUUAGUAAAGGAAGGUCUCUAAAAACAUGGUUCUUUGUAACUCAUCCCAAAAGGGAAGAUUUAUUAUUACUUUUAUUAUGAUAUCAUUAAUGUUUAAAGAGAGGCCAGCUGAGACACUGAAGCUCAACAACUAUUGCUCUGUGCCAACAUAUGCUGGACGCUAUUUGUAUACACACAUUCACACACACAAACAAAAAUAUAACACAUGUCCAGUGGUUUUCUGUCUGCUACGUUGUUCUGAAUGUAGAUGAAUGUCUGUAAUUUGGUGAUCAGAAUGGACUAUAUUAUUUUCCUGCAUAUGUAAACGGAGUCUGUUCCUUUUUGUUUAUUUGUGG